UUCUUCGCGCAAACACGGGUAUCCGAUUACUGGCAACUUAUUCAUUUGUUUUCGUUCCCUCCCUCGACCGCUCCGCGGCUCGUCACACAACGCUUGUCGUGACUACUUCUCACGUGACUCCACUCGACUCAACCGGCAAUCAUGGCUGCCGGGGCUCCGUUGUUUUUGAUGCGUCUUGUGUCUUCAUCAGUGGCUGUGGCUAAUCGAGCUGGUGGAAUUAUCCGCAGCAUUCUGAAAACAGGCAGCCUUGAUGUAGUGGAUAAGGGUGGUAGUGGUGAAUAUGACCCUCAGACUGAAGCAGAUCGGGCAUCUCAGAAAUGUAUCAUUGGUUCACUUCUCAGAAUGUAUCCAACUCUCAGAAUUAUUGGCGAAGAAGAGGAUGUUCCUUUGGAUGAUGUAAAAGAGGAAUUUAUUGAAAUUUCUCAAGAUGUUACUGUGUUGUCAAAGACCUGCCCAGAAGAUCUCACUUCAGUGAAACCAGAAGAAGUGACUGUCUGGGUGGACCCACUGGAUGGUACAAGAGAAUUUACUGAAGGUCUGUACGAUCAUGUGACAGUACUUAUUGGUAUUUCAAUGAAUGGCAAGCCUAUAGCAGGAGUCAUUCAUCAGCCUUUUUACGGCUAUGAAAAGGAGACCCAAGAAAGUGAGCUUGGAAGAACCAUGUGGGGUGUAAGAGGGCUUGGCACAUUUGGCUUUACUCACAUCCCCCCACCAGCAGGACGACGUGUUAUCACGACAACCCGCUCUCAUUCCAACACCACUGUAAUAAAAACCAUAGAGGCGAUGAAGCCUGAUAAAAUAUUGAAGGCUGGUGGGGCAGGAUACAAAGUGAUGCUGCUUCUAGAAGGGACUGCAGAUGCAUACGUAUAUGCAAGUCCAGGUUGUAAACGUUGGGAUACCUGUGCUUGUGAGGCACUUCUGGAGGCUGUGGGUGGUACCCUUACAGACAUCUGUGGGGAACACAUCGAGUAUGAUGGACAAGCAGACAGUUAUGUCAAUAACACCGGUGUCCUGGGGUCUCUGAAGGACCACAGUUUCUAUGUAGACUUGAUUCCAGAGUCUAUUAAAACUAGUUUGCUUGGAAAAUUGUAAUAACAGUGUUUUCAAGUGACAAUCACAUUCAUUAUUUCAAUGUCUUUUAUUACUAUUAUUUUUUUUUAGUUUUGCUACAGUAUGCAUGGGUUAAUGGGAAAAUAUUUGUGGUCUUAUUGGAUAUACAAUGUAUGAAACACCAAUCAACAACCUAAGCCAGACAUAGCUUUCUUAUUUAAUUUGACAGUGGAAUACAUGUAUAAUAUAGUUUACUUCUUGCUUAUCUUCAGCGUAUGUCAAAGACUGCAAGCAGUCUAUUUCUCCAUACAUGUAGUCUGCCUCGCACUUGUUUUCUUCACUUUACAUUCAUGUGUCUGAGAUGAACGAGGGACCACUCAAAGACUAGUUCUAAGUCAAUAAUAUUGCUUGACUGAAAAAAAAAAAAAUUCGCAAACCCAAGUUUGAUUUGUAAAUGACAUUUUUUGGUGGAGAUGUUUAGUCAUUACUCACUUCGUCAAUGGAAGUCUUUUUUUACUUUUAAGCACACUAUGCAAGAGUUUCUGCACCAAAUGUACCUGUAUAAGUUCAGGCCAAGAAAAAACUUUGGACAAGUCCAGGCUAUAAUUGAGUCAAUCCAUCUUAGUUUGUGGAGAAAAUUUCCAGGCAUGCCACAAAUGCAUUCAGAAAAAUAUCUAAUAUUAUUUUGUACUUUAUUAUAUACAUAACAAGGCAGCAGUUCUAUACAAAUGUACAUGUAUGUGGAAGUCAUUGGUUUACAACCAAUAAGCAGACUCUGAAUUGCUUGCACAAUGUUCUGCAGUUCAUGUAUAGACCUUUAGGAAAAGAACUUGUGGAAUACUCUGAAAUAAUAUUACAAUGCUCCAAUGCUCAAUAACAAAAGUUCAUUUCUUGCUCCAUUAAUAGUGCAAGACACCCAUGCAUCAAUGCUCUACAACUGUGCAACAGUCUUAAAUGAUUAAAGACAUAACUUACUUAUUAAAUAGUAAUUUAGGGGACAUAAACUUUCCAAGAAGAGACAGGUAGAAAAAAUACCUGCAGUAUGCAAUUCUGAUAAUUUCUGUAACAACCAAAGAAUUUACUUCAAAUUAAAGUUAAAACUUUGAAACAUA